UCCACUAGGGCGCUCAGCCGCCGCGCCUCCCCUCCCCGCCGCCGCCUCCCCUUCCACCUCGGGCGGCGGGCGAGGGCUCGUCCAGGGACAGAAAUAAAUAAAUAAUUCCAGUCACCCUUUGCUAGCGAGGCGAACUGGCGGCGGACGGACCGCUGCAGCGCCCACCCCAGGGCCGGAGACCGGGUCAAGAGUUAGUCUGACGAUGUGAUGGUCACCUGGGCAACCUUAGACACUGGAAUCUUGGAAACCAAAGGACUUUUGGACUCUGUGCCGACAGAGCUGCCUUGUUACUUGAAUUUCAAAUAGAGAAGCAGGAAUGCCACCACCAGGAGGCACCCCACCACUACAUCCACCUCCCGAUGGAGGGUGGGGCUGGGUGGUGGUUGGAGCAGCUUUUAUCUCCAUUGGAUUUUCAUAUGCGUUUCCCAAAGCUGUCACAGUCUUCUUCAAAGAAAUCCAGCUCAUAUUCAACACGACCUACAGUGAAAUAGCAUGGAUAUCAUCCACCAUGCUGGCUGUUAUGUAUGCAGGAGGUCCCAUAAGUAGCGUUUUGGUGAAUAAAUAUGGUAGCCGGCCAGUGGUGAUGGUAGGAGGUUUGUUAUGCUGUUUGGGAAUGGUCUCAGCCUCCUAUAGUACCAACGUAGUAGAGCUUUACCUCACAAUGGGAUUCAUUUGCGGUUUAGGUCUAGCCUUCAACCUGCAACCUGCCUUAACAAUCGUGGGCAAAUACUUCUACAAGAAACGGCCUGUAGCGAAUGGGCUUGCAAUGGCAGGAAGUCCUGUUUUCCUAAGCACCUUGGCCCCUUUCAAUCAGUUCCUCUUCAAUACUUACGGCUGGAAGGGAAGCUUCAUGAUUUUGGGAGGUUUGCUGUUGAACUGCUGUGUGGCUGGGGCCCUUAUGAGACCUGUUGAACCCAAAGCAAGUACUGAGUCUAAAAAUAAGGUUGGUGUAAGAGAAACUGAUUCCAGUAUGGAAAAAAGACAAAAAAAGUUAUCAGUUUGGGAAAAAAUUAAUAAGUAUUUAGAUUUCUCCCUUUUUAAGCAUAGGGGAUUUCUGAUAUACUUAUCUGGAAAUGUCAUUAUGUUUCUGGGAUUCUUCGCCCCUGUUAUAUUCUUGGCUCCAUAUGCUAAAGACAAAGGAAUCGAUGAGUAUUCUGCAGCUUUCUUGCUCUCUGUUAUGGCUUUUGUUGAUAUGUUUGCCAGACCUUCUGUAGGACUUAUUGCCAAUUCCAAAUUAAUCCGACCCCGAAUCCAGUACUUCUUCAGUUUUGCAGUGAUGUUCACUGGAAUCUGUCAUCUCUUAUGCCCCUUGGCUGAGGACUACACAAGCCUGGUGGUGUAUGCUGUAUUUUUUGGCCUUGGAUUUGGGAGUGUUAGCAGUGUCCUCUUUGAAACUCUCAUGGACCUUGUUGGUGCUCAAAGAUUUUCCAGUGCUGUGGGACUCGUCACAGUUGUGGAGUGCUGUCCUGUCCUCCUUGGGCCUCCUCUUGCUGGUAAAUUGGUGGAUGAAACUGGACAAUAUAAAUACAUGUAUUUGGCCUGUGGAGCUAUUGUGGUCCUAGCCAGCGUGUGGCUGCUCAUCGGUAAUGCUGUCAACUACAGAUUGCUUGCAAGGGAAAAGAAGAAGAAUAUACAUACCAAGGAGUCUCAAGAAACUGAACCCUUGAAGACAUCUCAGAGUCCCAAUGUUAAUAUCAAAAGUGGCGAAACUGAAACGUGGAAAGGAACAGAGGUUAAUCCCUCAGAAAGAGAAACGAAUAUUUAACAAGAAUCGUAUCUCUGAUUUCAGUAUUCAUGACUUUCUUAGGUGUAUUUUUUUUUCAACAUAUUGGAAGAUUUUUAGUUGAAAUGAAGAGUCAUAGUUAAGGAUGGAGAUGAGAUUUUCCUUAACAACAAAUUUUAAAUGUUUGUCUUUAAAAACUUAUUUGGGUAGUUAAAAUUUGAGAUUAUGCAUAUAAAGAAUUUAUGCCUUGGGUUUGUGUCCAUACAUGAGUCUGGUUGUGGUGGUUAAAUGAUUUUAAAGUCUUCUGGUGACUUCUAGUCUUGGUUAUAGAGAUCUGAAUUCCAAAAUGCUGGUUUAAGUAGUUAGAAAGAGUAUGUUUAAUCCUAUAAGAAUACCCUAUCCACAUUUCAUUUUUUAUUCAAUAUUAAAGUGUGAAAUGGAAUUGAAGGAAAUUAAUUUUUUUUCCUAAAUAUCCUCACACACACCAACUUUCAUACACUUAAGAAUGAACAGACAAGGUAUCUGGAGAAAAAAGACAAGUUUAAAAAGAAUAUUAUCACUGUAUAUAUAUUUUUAAAUCCAUGGAGAAAAAAAUGCAUUAUAUCUGCAUAGUACCUUAUAGUGUGGAUGUUAGAGAUAAGAACAUGGGUGAAAAUGAGGGUGGUCUUAAUUUGAAAAUGUAAUUAACUGCUGUAAACCAAAAGCAAUUGCAUAUAUGAAAUAAAUUUGGAAAAAAAGUAAAAGCUCUAUUUUUUAGAUAAUUAUUUCUGAGCCCUGUCCGAUUUGAUCCAUGCAUGCACAUGAUUUCUUUGAGGGGGGCCAUCAGUACCUGGUGCUAGUGAAUAGAACCCUCAAAUAAUCAGAAAUUACUAAGUAAAUCAAAUUAAAAACUUAAAUGACUCCUAGCAAUGAGCCAUAUCUUUUGAUUUGGAAAAUCCAGAAAGUAAUAAAUAGAAACUUCUUUUAACCAAACUUAGUCCAGACUAGCUGUCUUACUAAGACACCAAAGUGGAACUCAACUGAAAUCCUGGUUGACAGGCUGACAAACAGGCAGAGAUUUCAUUUUUCCCAAACAUAGUGGUGAGAAGAGGGUUACGAUUAUGAUUAUUCCAUCUGAGUGAAGCUAAGAGUGGAAGGUACUCACAAUGAGCCCUCCAAAGCUCUCUCGUUUCCCUCCAUUCGCCAACAUGCAAAAAGCAAAAAACAAAUCCAAACAGGCUUUUCUCUCAGCCACUGAAAAUGUCUCAUAUUAUAGGAGAGGAAGCACUAGAAAUCCCACCCUCUACUAACUAGACUCUCUACUGCCUGUAAACAUAACUAAACCAGGACACUUAUAAAAGGCUUCUAGACCUGAAGGUUGUGUAUGACUUUAUAUACACUUUUGAAGUGGAGAUUUAGUUUAUAACUUGAUAGAAAGAAGCUUUAAAUAUGGGAACCCGGUUAAUUUAGCAGUUUCUCAUUUUCAAAACUAUGUGAAAACAUCUGGGACUGAAUUGCUCUUGAAUAUAGAGGCAUAUGAUAGAUCUGUGAGUUCAGAUCUAAUAAAUACCAUUUUGAGUGGUUAAGUACUUUUAAACAAGAAACAAUGCAUGCAUUAGGUAUAAAGGUAUAAACAUUCACCUUUAUAAAUCUGAAGUUUAAAUUAAGAUCAUGAUUAAUAAAAAACAUUGAACCUUUGAUUAUUGAAUAUCAUUCUUAAGAAGUCGAAAGGAUGUUAGCAUUCUUUCUUCUUACCAUUGCAGUAGAGGCAGAUGAAUAAGCAAAUAAGUAUUCUUAUUUCCUUUAAGAUUGUGCUUAGAUACCAAGCUUCUGUGAUAAUUAACACUAGGGAUUUGAUUUGUAAACUUUAGGCACUGUUUGAGCAUGUAGCUUGUGUUUAUCAAGCUGUAUACAAUUCCAUAUUUCAUUUCACAUGCACUUUUCCGCAUGGAAAGGGUAUUUGUAUUUUUAAAAUAUUAACUGAAACAAUAUGUGCCAAUACCAUAGGUAAAUAAAUCAGGGAAAUUGUGACAGUAUAUAGUUGUUUUUAAUUUGGUUUCAUUCAAUCUUGAAUCCUGAAUGAGCUGUUUCAUAUUAUUAGUAUGUUUGUAUUCAACUCUGACUAGUCAUAAGAAAUGUGACAUCAUAAACUGUGCAGUAGCUUUCCAAUCUUAAACGUUUCCAAAAAAAUGCCUUGAAUUCUCUGAAGAUACAUAUUUAAUACAGAUAAUAGAUCCUUGGGGCAAGUAAUGAUCAUGGGGUCUUAAAGGGCUAAUUUAUCACCUGCCAGUGGGUGCAUUCCAGUGGUUUUCUUCAUGGAAGGAGGUUUAUUUACUUGCUGAUGAGGUUCUUGUCAAGAAAAAAACCAAUUUUUAUUUGUUCUAUUGCAUUUUGAUCAUCUUUUUAAAUUUCAUUUCUAACAUUGAUUGAUUACAUUAAAUUGUUAAAAAAAAAAAAACCAAAAGAAAGGAAAUUGAAAUUGCACAUUCAAAGCACAUAAUGUGAGGUAUACAGUCAUGCCUACCAUCAUACUGCACAAAGUUACAAGCAUGCAUCAGCUUAAUUCUCAUCCAUAAAUGUUGAAAAUUAGAACACACUUGAACAGUGAUAUAAACACACUCAGGAUUCAGAAUUGUUCCAAGGUAAAAUAAAUGUUUCCAGUUGUUUACUCUCUCAAAUCAGUUAAACUUGUUAGAAUUUUUGCUGCUUGAACAGAAUCUUUCAGAGAUAGAGAAGAGAAUACCAACCUAGAACAUUUAUUAUUAUAAAGCUACCUAAACGGAGUGGGAAAUAUAGUUGACUUCUGUGUCUGCAACAAUGAGUGAUUAGUGCAGAACACACUUCUUCCCCGAGGGAGUGACAGGUUUUAGAUGUUCAAGCUAUCACGAAACAAAGUCAGAAACCAUUACAACCCCUUUUAGUCCAUUUUCCUAUUAUGGAAUUGUGCAGAAAGAUUAUCAUAAACCUGGUUACCAAAAUAAUUCAUGAUCACUGGCUAGAUUAAAACACCCAGUAUUACUCACUGUUUAAUCUUAAAUAUGUCUUCAUUAAUUUGUGAAUGGAAUACAGGGUAUAGACAUCUCUUGACACAUGCCCAUCCUCUUUUCUGACUUUUUGGAGCCAAUAAACACAUAUUUAAGAGACAGUGGAUCAGGCUCUAGUGCGCUUCACAUUGGAGGACAUGAUAUUUUCUCAGUGUGAAUUGACUUGGCUCAUAAAUUUCACUUCGUUAGUAUUAACAUGUUAGUUGCUCAGUCAAGUCAGACUUUGCCACCCCAUGGACUGUAACUUGUUAGGCUCCUCUGUCCAUGGAAUUCUCCAGGGAAGAAUGGUGGAGUGGGUAGCCAGUUCCCUUCUCCAGGGGAUCUUCCCCACCCAGGGAUUGAACCCAGGUGUCCUGCAUUGCAGGCAGAUUCCUUACCACUGAGCCUACCAGGGAAGUGUUAAUACCAAAUUGUAAUCACCUUCUUUCAUGGAGUCUCCCCUGCUGCUGCUGCUGCUAAGUCGCUUCAGUCGUGUCCGACUCUGUGCAACCCCCUAGACAGCAGCCCGCCAGGCUCCCCCAUCCCUGGGAUCCUCCAGGCAAGAACACUGAAGUGGGUUGCCAUUUCCUUCUCCAGUGCAUGAAAGUGAAAAGUGAAAGUGACGUCGCUCAAUCAUGUCCGACUCUUAGCGACCCCAUGGACUGCAGCCUACCAGGCUCCUCCCUCCAUGGGAUUUUCCAGGCAAGAGUACUGGAAUGGGGUGCCAUUGACUUCUCCGGAGUCUCCCCUAGACACUAGAAAAUACAUAGAGUAAUUUGGUUUGAUAUAUUUGAAUGUGCACUUUAAAAAUUUAGGUAUUUUUACUCAUCCAUCUCUGGCUGUACAUGAUAGUUUAGGAUACAGGGGAAAAAAAGAGUGUAAGACCUAUGAUGUAAAUGUAAGUUUUUACAUUGAUGUUAUAAAAUGUAGAGAGUUACUUAAAAGUUAAUUGAAACAUAUUUUCUAUCCAAAAAUACCUUUUAAAAACACCCUUACAUGUACAGUGUUGCAAGCUCUUGCUAUAAAUAAUCGUAAUAAUUUAGGUUCAAAUUAAUAGGGGAAAAGAAUGUAAAGUGGAAAGGGAACAGAUAUUCAUUUAUAUUUCCUGCAUUAUUCCUAUUAAAACCUUUUAGUAUUCAAAUCAAAUCAUAGGUAUUGUCCUGAUAUAAUAGAUGAGUGAAACAAAACAAAAAGAGACAUACCAAGAAGCUCAACGAAUUACCUAAAGUUAAAAAGGAGUAUGUGACUGAACCAGAACUAAAACUCAGGUUUACAUAAAAGCAGAAAGAGUCCCUAGGGUGUUCCCUGCCAUACUGCCUGCCCAUAGUAGCUAUAGAUACAAAAGUAGAUAAAUGUAGAUAGAAAAAGAUUAAACACUAUAUCAUAAACCAAUGAGACUAUGAUUUAAUUAGUGUUUAUUAAAGACUGCAUUUGCCAUGACCUGAAUAUAUGGUUUCAAGUUGCCUACUUUUCUACCCAAUGCAAAUUAUCCCAAACAAUGGUAAUGAUUAUAUAAUAGCCAUAAUUGCUUCAAUGUGACUUUUUUUGGAAAAAAAUAAUGAAACAUUUAUAGUACUCAGGUAUAAUGUAUUUUCCCUGAGGUUGGGUUUAGAAGAAAAAUGCUAUUUUCUUUAUGGAUAAGUAAUUCCCAUAUUAGUUGCUAUUUAUUAUGACUCAAAAAUAAAAGUAUUUACUAUGAAACACUACGUUCAGAAUUAUAAGUGAUUCUUAUACGUGAUUCUCACUUAUAAGAUUAUCUUAGUGGUGAAAGUCUCUCAGUUGUGUCCGACUCUUUGCAACCCCAUGGACUGCGGCCCACUAGGCUCCUCCGUCCAUGGAGUUCUCUAGGCCAGAAUACUGGUGUGGGUAACCGUUCCCUUCUCCAGGGGAUCUUCCCAACCCAGGAACCCAGGUCUCCAGCAUUGGAGGCAGAUUCUUUACCAUCUGAGACACCAGGAAAGUCCAGGAUUAUCCUAAGCUAACAACAAUUUGUAAAAAGCUUAUGAGAUCCAUAGAUUUGGUUCAUCUACACAGAAUUAUAUUUAUUUACACCACUUAAUGCAACUGCCCCUACAUGGUAACUGAUUCGUGAAGUUUUCCUGGACAUCUGUAUUGUUGUUCUCCUUUCUGUCCCUUUCUUCUAGAGAACAAAUGCCAUUACUUUUGUCUUCUUCUUCUAAACCUUUGGCAUCCGUAGGAUAUUCUCUUUAGCUCUGUUACAGAUGGUCGUCAUUUAGUUGCUAAGUUGUGUCUGACUCUUAGUGCACAUGUUGCAUUUCUAAUGUCUUACAUCUUUCACAGUCCCUCAUGCUACAUCUGGUCUUACUUGGUUUGCAGGAAUGACUAUAUUCCUGAAGUCAACAGUGAUACUUGUGGCUAAAACCCAUCAUCUUCACCAAUAAGGGAACUCAUGUGAGUGUAGUCUUCAGGUUUCCUGGAUGAGGAAGGUAUUUUGUUGCUAUGAAACUUCCUUAUACAUGAUAAAUAUAUCAUUAAACAUGACUUUUAAGAAUCUAGAAAAAUAGAUCAUCCUGUCCUUGACAUUUACUAUUCUGGAUGCUUCUAACUUUCUUAAAGUGCCUGAAAUUUUGAGAAACAAAGCUUACCAUCACAACAUAGCAUCGAUAUGUCACCCUGUAGGCUCAUGGGUACCUCAUAACAACUAGAUUCUCCCCAUGACAAUUCACAAUGCCCAAGAGCAUCAAAAUCAUUGAGAUAAAAAUUGAGAUGAUAAUAUAUUCAUUUUGCUUGAUUUUAGAUUUUGAUUUCCACAUAUUUCUCAAGUGCAUGAUCUCAUGUUUGAGAAAUGCACUUAAAACCUGAAAAGCUCAAUUAUUAGUAAUUAAUUAUAAUGCAUAUGUAAUCAAAAUCAUAAACUAUUUUUAUUGACGAUUUUUUAAAAAUGAAUAAUUUUCUGCGUUCACAUCCUUCUUCCUAGUUCUGAUUUUCUCUUCAUUGUUAUCAAAUUUUAGAGUUUGGGUCUGAAUGCUUCGUGAGGUCCUAUGAUCUUGUCUGUUUUAGUCUUAUUCUUUGUCUUCAUUCUAUCUCACAUAUGUGCAGUUCAUGAAGGAAUUCUUAUAGCCAUUGGAAUCACAAUUUUAGGUCUCUACCUUAAAAGGAAAAGGAGUAUUGCAAAAAUAAUUCUUUAGUGGAGCACAUGAAAAAAAUUUUAGACCAAAUAUUUCUCCCAAUCCCGUGCUGUGUACCUUCCCCCUUUUUUUUCUAUGAUGAUUUUUUAAAAUAAUUUUUAAAAAUUAUUGUUCUUUCAUUAAUUAUCAUAAUUUCUAGGUCAAAUUCUAUAGCAUUUUUAUUUGAUUAUGGGCAUUUUUAAUAUAGCAUUUUUGUUUCUUUGGUGAGUUUAGUUAUACUUACC